CUCGUAUUCUAAAGGUUUUAGGAGAGAGAAGUAAUAAAAGGCAGAGUUUAAAAAGUAUAUGUUUUUCCAUCUCUAGAGCACUCCAGUCGUUUCUUAUUAACGUAAUCCAAAAGUUAUUUUGUGGCAGGAAUUUGCAUUGUGAUAAGACAAGUUCUAUGUAAAGUUGCUUGGAAGAAACCGUAAAUAUUCGAGCAGGUGGAUCAUCAAUUCCGACACGUGAAAGGGGGACUUGUCUUUUGGGACACAAUUGUUGCCAGCAUUUAUAUCCUGCUGGUCUGCUUUAUUAAACGCAUAGGGUCCCCACGUUUAACGCGCCUGGUUCUUUGUUUGAAGGACGUUUCCAAAUCAAAAGCCGGCUUUUUCUUCCUUUUUGAGUUAACAUUUUACCUGUCAUUGUGACGUUACCCUAAAUACUGAAAAUGUCAGCUGAAAGAUAUUCAACAUUGGAUGAACCGUCGCUUCGGAACAUGAGUCCGUACGGGAGUUGCAGCGAUGGGACAAAGCUGUACCUACCAAUUGGAGAGAAAAAGCUGGAUGGGACGAUGGAUCUGGAUAAGAGACGGCUGAUCCGUUCAGCCAUCAGAGAGCUGAGGGAGAUGGAGGACAUGGAGGCAGCCCUGGCCAGAAAACGCUUCCGGCCAACAAAUCUCAGCCAGAACGACGACAAAGAGAACCAACUCACACAUAGGUCAGAAUUGGGGGGCUCCCUAGAUGUGCUCUCUGUGAAACUGCAAGCCAUCCAGGACAUUGAGGAGCUGACUGGACUGCUGCGCGGUGCCAAUGAGUAUGAGGAGAGGAAACUGAUCAGAGCUGCCAUCCGCCGCCUCCGAGACGAGGAGCAGCAGGGUACAUGGGAGAAAGGGAGGACCACCGGCCGAUGUCUGGAGUCUGAGGGCCUAGAGCUCCAAAGCAGCUUGGGAACAGGGGACACAGAGAAGGAGAGACUUAGCGAGCGAAAGAGAAUCAAGUCUCAGAUCCGGGAGCUACGGAGCCACCAGACGCAGCAGGGCAGAGAGCUGCACGGGACAGACUCCAACUCAGGCAUGGUUCUGGUUCUGGACCCCCUGGUGAGGGAUGAAGUCCCGGGCCCUCUGCUGACCCGCCCACCGACCCGGGACCAUGUGACAUCAUCAGAGCCGGACGUGGUCCUAUCUCACCGCCAGCGUUCUGACUCGACAUCCUCAGAACGCAGCCUGGCCUCCAGGCCCCGUCUGGACUCUGGAGCCUCAGAGAAGAGUCUGGGUCUGGGCUCAGCCUUCCGGACCAGGGUGGACUCUGGAGCAUCAGAAAAGAGCCUGGGCUCAGCCUUCAGGACCAGGGUGGACUCUGGAGCAUCAGAAAAGAGCCUGGGCUCAGCCUUCAGGACCAGGGUGGACUCUGGUGCAUCAGAAAAGAGCCUGGGCUCAGCCUUCAGGACCAGGGUGGACUCUGGAGCAUCAGAAAAGAGCCUGGGCUCAGCCUUCAGGACCAGGGUGGACUCUGGAGCAUCAGAAAAGAGCCUGGACUCAGCCUUCAGGACCAGGGUGGACUCUGGAGCAUCAGACAGAAGCCAGUGUUCCGCCCACAUAGGCAGACUGGACUCUGGGGCCUCAGAGUCCCACUUCAGACAGAGACUGGACUCUGGCACAUCAGACUCCAGUAUGGGACCGCGAGCCCCCCUGGGCUCUGAGACCUCCGACGGCGCAGGGCUCCUGUCACGGAAACGGUUGGACUCAGGGACGUCUGACCUGAGCGUGGGCGUGUUGUCUGAGGGCCGGAGCCGAGUAGAGCAGCCAGAGGUGACCAUGAGUAGCUCCUCCUCCAACACAGACUCCGAGGCUGAAAGCACCAACCACCAUCCAGACCAGCCCCAUCAGGACAGCACCACUACCAACCAUUAUCAGCCUGAUGGGGCCGUCCUAUUCAGGAAAGCCCCAGACUCCCACAGUGGCCUGCUCAAUGGCAGUGCCAAGGAAAGAGGAGACAUCCAGGAACAGAAGGUCAGAUAUACUUUACUCACUCCUCUCAGAAAAUCAGAUGCAGUUCCUGAGAAGAAAGAGCCGGUUGUCUUGGCCCCGUUCGGCCGGGCUAACUCUGUGCGGGACCGUAUGCGUAAGUUCACGGAGCCCAGUCCCAGUGUCCCGGUCCUGAAGAGGGGCUCUCAGUCUCUGAGGAACGCGACAGCCCCCAGUGCCCGAGUCCUAGGCAGAGUCACCCAGUUGAGUGAGGGGCCAGCAGCAGGGACAGCCAAGCAGACAGCAGUGACCAAAGUAGUAUCCAUCACCACCCCUACAGACAGACCCGGGAGACCCCAUGUAGGCUCUACAUCCUACUCUUCAUCCGCCUCCUCCUCAAAGAACCAUGUCCAAUGCCAGGACACAGUUCAUCCAGGGGGCGUGGCCACCAAACCUCUGCAAAGCGCUGCUCAAUCCUUGAACUCUGUAGGCGGGGCAAAGCAGGCGGCUGAAAAGCUGUGGCACGCCUCGGGCGGCUCAAAGGAAGACAAGACCCCAGGGAGAGCAUCUGCACAGCGGGACAGCAAGGGAGCAGCAGACCCCGACAUGAAGACCUUCCUAACUAUUGAGAUCAAAGAUGGGCGCACCACCACCACCUCUUCAUCCUCUAGAGGCAACCUGGCCCCACGCAUCUCCACCAACCCCAUAGGUCAGAGAGCAGAAUUGACCCUGGGCCUCAGAGCGACCCCCUUCAAGAUGUCCUCCUCCAGCCUUACCUACGGCUCCUCUUUCAAGAUGGCCUCAGAGCCCAUGUUGGCAGUGGAGCCCUCAGUGCGGGUGGCCUGCUGUCAGCCCCCGGCUGCUGUACCCAACGGCUCCUAUGCGCCACCUCGGGACAAAUUCGAAGAGUGCUCCAGAAAACUGACCGCAGAACAGCUGGCCGCCAUCGACGAUGAGGAGCUCCUGGAUAAAAUGCUGGAUGAGUCAAAGGACUUUGAGGAGAGGAAGAUGAUCCGACAGGCCAUGAGAGAUCUGCGUAAGAGGAAGAGAGAGGCCGAACUGGGAUGUACUCAAGAGGAAAUAGACCAGAGAGAAAAGGAGCGGGAGUUUCGUCUUGCGGAGCUUCGGCAGCAGAGAGCGGAGCAUACUCAGAAGGGUCGUACGGGAGGAGGAGCUGGAGAGGUCGUCAUGAGGAAGGUGGAGAUGUCAGCUGAUGGCUCCACCCUCAGCCAAGUCACCAAGACAGACCGCUUUGCCCAGUCUGGUGAUGGCAGCAGGACAGCUCACAGCACCAUCAUGGAGGCCAGUUAUGUGAAGAAAACAGACGUGGGGACAGUUCAGUCCAAGUCCUACAGCUGCUCCUCCUCUACCUCCAGCAGCAGCUCCACCAGGAAAGUGGGCAGUGUGUUUGACCGCGAGGACGACUCGGCGUCCCGUGCUGCGGAGCGCCGGCAGGCAGAGAAGCGCAAGGAGCUGAUGAGAGCCCAGACUCUGCCUAAGAUGUCCGCCGCACAGUCCCGCAAAGCCAUGAUCGAGAAACUGGACAAGGAGAGCGGAGGGCCAGGAAAUAAAGCAGUUGCCAAGGUGAACACAGUCCAGCGCUCGGCUAGCUGCGUGGUGCCCAAUGCCAACUCCAUCAAACAGAUGCUCCUGGACUGGUGCCGCGCCAAGACCCGCUCAUACCAGAAUGUGGAUAUCCAGAACUUCUCGUCCAGUUGGAGUGAUGGCAUGGCGUUCUGUGCCCUGGUCCAUAACUUCUUCCCAGAGGCCUUUGACUACUCCUCUCUCACCCCUGCCAACCGCAGACACAACUUUGAGGUGGCCUUCAGCACUGCAGAGGAAUGUGCCAACUGUAUGCCCCUGUUGGAGGUAGAGGACAUGAUGAUCAUGGGGAGGAAGCCUGACUCCAAGUGUGUGUUCACCUAUGUGCAGUCACUGGUCAAUCACCUGCGCAGGCACGAGAUGAAACUCGCCAAACUCCAGGGCACCAACCUCUGAUCUGCUCACUGUGUAUCUUCCCCCAUCGCACCCCUCUCCUGAGCCCUGGUCCUGAACACCACCCAUGUCCCAAAAGACAGCAGCCCCGACUCUGAGUGAGGGGUGUUACUGAUUUGCACAUCUCUGAUGGCCAACAGGUGGGGAGUGUGUAGGUGUUGGCAUCCAUCUUAUGAUUAUCUUUGUUGAUGGUGGUGGCAUGCCAGACAGAUAAAUUCCCUUCAUCUGAACACAUUUGUUUAGGCUGUGCGAACCGUCCCGUCUUAAUAGAGCAUCUUUAAGCUUUAAUUGAUAUUUUAUACUGAUAUUUAGUUGUACAGCAUAUCAGUCAUAAGGCAGUUCUAUACAUGGUUUGGAAGUCUGAAGAUUUAGCACCAACAAAACCCUACAUUAAAUGUACAUGAGAUAGGAAUUUUACUGUAUUCCCUCACCCACAUUAAAUGCCUACUUUUUUAAAAGUUUUCUGUGACAAUUGCAAGAUGUUACUCAAGCUGUUGGCGAUGAUGAAGAAAGAAAAUAUGAUAUGAGGCAUUGUUAAUAUUCCUUCAGUCCCCACUCUGGUACUGUUAAAGGUGUUACUAAAUCUGCUAAACACAUCUAUUUGAAUUGUUUUAAAUAGUGCUUGGUAUGGAGGGAUGUUCAUUAUUAUUUGGUGGGUGCUUAUAUUUAUCCUAUUACACACACGUACAAGUAUUUAUUAAUACGCAUGUGUGAAUUAGAUUGUUUUUUGCAUAUCACAACUCUCCCUGAGACAUCCUCAAGAAAGUGGGAUCGCGGCCAGGGUCUGGACCCUAGACCAAUUAGGAUUAAAUGCCUUGCUCAAAGGAUCAGACAGAUUUUUCACCUUGUUGGCUCGAGGAUUUGAACUACCGACCUUUUUAGUUACAACCCCAACAUUCUAACCCAGGGAUGGGCAACUCUAGUCCUCAGGGGCCGGAGUGGUAACUUUUUCUCCAUCCCUAUCAAACACAGCUCAUUAAACUAACUGCAUUCUAUACUGAAGAUCAUGAUUAGUUGAUUAUUGGAGUCAGGUGUGUUUGCUGAAGCAAAAGUGUGAAACCAAUCAGGCUCCCAAGGAAUGGAGUUGUCCAUCCUUACUCUAACCAAUAAGCUAGCUGCCGCCCAAUGUUAUUCAGUAGCUGGCAUUAUGAAAUUGGCGGAUCCGUCUAUGCAGCACUAACAUAGCAGGUGUAAAGAAACGCCUGAGAAGGUUCUACAGAAACCAGAAUCAUCUGGUUCAGGCUUUGUCUCUUCUCUGCUUUUCCCCUGAAAACCGUAUGCUUCCAGGUUCUGCUGACCAACUGAAGGUGAUGCAAAACCGAUAUCUGAAUCUACAACUGAGGUUGAAGCCAGACUAGGUUGUGAUAGUAGUUGUGAAACUAUAAUUGUGUAUUUACACCACUCAGAAUAUCUACAUCAUGUUGGUCUGUGGAGAAACACCAGUGUUGAAAAGUAGGUUCCAAGUUCCUCUCAGACAGGUAAAAUCACACAUUGGUGUUUCUAGAUUAUCACACCUUUUCUCCUUGUCCUUGCCGCUGUUCGCUACAUUGGGGUCUAAAAAAGAUCUUGGCAUGAGGUUGUCACAUUCACACUGCCAGCAUCAGCCCACCCAGCAAACACAUAGAAACACACAGCUCUUUAAUUAUGCUCGGGUAACAUUUUUGUUGGUGGUCAUACCAUAUGCUUUGAGGUUUUGUUUCAUGAGUCCAUCUAUGAAAAUGUUUGUACAGGCUAUAUGUUAUGGUAAUGUCAGUAUUUGUGGGCUCCCGAGUGGCGCAAGGCGUCACUACAGACCCUGAUUCGAUUCCAGGCUGUAUCACAACCAGCCGUGAUUGGGAGUCCCAUAGGGCAGCGCACAAUUGGCCCAGCGGUGUCCUGGUUUAGCCGUCAUUAUAAAUAAGAAUUUGUUCUUAACUGACUUGCCUGGUUAAAUAAACAUUUGAAUAUGAAAAGGUUUGUUAGAGGCCAACCAAUCUAAUGUAUUUAUAAAGCCCUUCUUACAUCAACUUGACGUACAGAAACCCAGCCUAAAACCCCAAACAGCAAGCAAUGCAGGUGUAGAAGCACGGUGGCUAGGAAAAAGUCCCUGGAAAGGCCGGAACCUAGGGGAACCAGCCAACUUCCCUUCUCUAAAUUCUUGGGCCAAAUGAAAGCUGGCUUUCAGCUCAGUUCAUUAUGACAGACAGGAGAAUAUUAAUGAUAAAGGCUGAAUGUACUUUAUUGCCCAUGUAUAUUUUCUGAAUUCUAGCUAAAUAAAAAUGUUUUAUGGUUUCUUUAUUGUUGGUUUUAGAACUGGUUUUGAUUUAUUUCACUAAUUGAGACUAGAGAAAUGUACUAAAUCUAAAUGUUGUCACGUUUCGUAAACAGGUGUCCACUAACAAUGAAAAGCUUACUUAUGGGUCCUUUUCCAACAAUGCAGAGUUAAGAAAAUAUGGUUACGACAAUUUAAUAUUCCGCAACCAGAAAGUUUCCACAAACUAGUUAAUCCUGUACAUACAUGCUUGGACACAGUCAAUUCAAUGUUUCUGUACACCACAAUGAAUGUCAAUUAACAAUUAAACCAAUUUAAGAAACAGUG